AUGUUUUUAAGGGAGGCCGGCAUGUAUAUGUGGCGGACCGUCCCGUUUGAUAAAAUGGGAUGGGAUAAUGUUGAACAACAUUACAAGGAUGCCGUCAUGAACCACUUACGGGAAAAUUUCAAUCUUGAUGAAGUGGAACGUGAUUAUGAGGCGAAAAACUUGAAGGGUGGUAUGAGGACUGUGCUUAUGAAGCGGUACUCUGACCGCAAGCAUGAAGCUAGACAAUUAUUUGAUAGCCAGGGAGGUUACGAUGAUCUUGAGAGGGCAAGGGCAUACCAUCCCGUGGAUAUGCCCUAUGAAAACUGGUUGAGAACCAUUGAGGGUUUCCGGCAAGAAAAAUAUAUUAAAAAAAGCAAGGCUUGUAAGCAAGUACGCGAGAAACAACAAUUCCCAUACCGUGGGGGGACAUCUUCGUACGGUAGCACCGCCUAUAAAAAUAAUUUGGAUUGGGUACCUACGUAUGCUAAAACCCACACGGACAAUCAAGGGAAUUGGGUUGAUCCGGUUGCUGAACAAAAUUACCAGAACAUACAACACUCCACAGAUGAAUGGAGCAGCGAUGGUCCUCCAAUUGCCCCGUAUCAAGAAGCGUUGGGAGACAGGCGAGGAUGGUACCGCGGGAUGGGGCCUAAACCUUCUUCCAACACGUCCUCGAACACAUCCUCAAACAUGUCGUCUUCGCAAGCUCGGACGCAAGAACCCUUUUCCGAUGAUUUUGUUACCAGCUUGUUCCAAACUCCAUCAUUUUUGAGCCAACUUAACAACUAUCUUGCUUCACAAGGGAUAGGAAAAGGAAAGUCAAAUGACUACGAUUGUGACGACUUAUACGAUAGAGAAUCCGAGGAAGAUUGA